AUGCAGGGAGGUGCUGCCGCGGUGGCUGCCGAGGCGGCACUGGAGCCCGCUGGAGGCGGCUGGAGCCCACUGGAGGCGGGUGGCGCCGUGGCGGCACGCGCGCAGCCCGCAGAGCGGACCGGUCCGCCCCUCCAGCGCUCCAGCGGGCCGGGCUCCAGCGGCAAAGUGAAUCACUGUGCCGGGCUACCGGCGCACGUGCCUCUCCGCUGCUCCAGCGGCGGCGGCGGCGGCGGCGGCGGCGGCGGCGCCUCGUCGAGCUGGAAAUGCGGCCGGCACGACCGCCCAGAUUAA